AGACCCUCCAGUCUGAGGACCUGAUUGAGGACAUGUGGCUCGGCGUCUCCGUGUCCAGUCAGGGACCACCGGGGGGGAGAGUCCUGGUGUGUGGUCAUCGCUUCGUUAAACUCUACGGAGCAUUUAAACUCAAGCACAUGAUUGGACGCUGUUAUAUCCGUGGAAACGACCUGAAGUACAACCACACCGACCUCACCUGGCAGAAUCCGGAGCAGACCUGCAGUCACCUGGGGGACGUCAGUGGGGAGGUGAUGUGUAACAUGGGGAUUUCGUCCUUCAUCACUCAGACUGAAGUCAUCGUCGGCUCACCGGGAAGCUACGAGUGGCAAGGAAACGUGCAUGUGUCCUGGAUAAAUCCUGACGCUGUGUUUGACUCUCAGAUGAUCUCCUUUCCAAACCUGCAGAGCAGGAACAUCUAUAUAGGGUAUUCGGUGACCCAGGCUCGUGGUCUCCUCUCACAGGAAGAUGAAACGAUAGUAACAGGAGCCCCUAAGGACAGUAGGGAAGACGCCCGCGGCUCCGUGCUUCUGGCAGUGAAGCGCUCUGAUAAACUGCUGACUCAGCAGACGCUGCGCGGCCAUCAGACCGGAUCCUUUUACGGGAACGCCGUCGCCACCGCGGACAUCAACAAUGACGGAUGGAGUGACCUGCUGGUCGGCGCCCCCUUCUUCUUCCAGAGAGACCCCGAGGUGGGUGGGGCUGUCUACGUGUACCUGAACAGAGGGGGGGGGUUUGAUCCAGAACCCAGCCUCGUGCUGAUUGGUCCUCAGGGCUCAGGGUUCGGGAUCUCAGUGAGCAGCGCCGGAGACCUGGACCAGGACGGGUUCACAGACUUCGCAGUCGGAGCUCCUUUCCACGGAACAGGAAGUGUGAUGAUCUUCAGCGGCAGCAGGGGGGGGGUCUCCUCAGAGCCCCGACAGGUGAUCCAGGGCAGCAGCGUGUCUCCGGGGUUCAGGACGUUUGGUUACUCUCUCUCUGGAGGACAGGAUGUGGAUGGGAACAGAUACCCUGACCUGCUGGUGGGAUCUCUGGACGACCAGGUGGCUCUGCUCAGGACUCGUCCGGUCCUUCAUCUCAACAAAACCAUCAGAGUGUCUCCAGAUGUCGUCGACCCAAACAACUGCGACUUCUGUAUCCAGGUGGAGGUGUGUUUCUCCUACAUGUUCAGCACCGGGGAGAGGAGCCACAGAGACAACAUCACGGUCCUCUUCACGGUCUCUGGUGAUGUCACCAGCAUUAAGCCCCGCCUCCGUUUCGUUGGCAGCGAUCAAAGUGUGUCUGGUUUCCUGUUUAUGCCGAGUCAACGCUGUGUGCACCUGAGAGCAGGUUUACAGAGUCCGGUCAGGAACAAAGUGGAGCCUCUCGUGUUCUCCCUGAACGCCUCACUGCACGAGAAGCUGCCCAGGAAGAGAAACGCCGUACAGGACCUCAAACGCCUCCCGGUGCUGAGCGAGACCCCUCGACCCAUCAGAACCCAGAUCCACAUCCAGAAGGCCUGUGGUUCUGAUAACCGCUGCAGCAGCAAUCUGCAGAUGAAGGCCCAGUUCACAGACCAGAACCAGAACCCGUACACCAGGCAGCAACACUCCCAGGUCCUCCUCUAUGACUCUUCUCUCUCCCUCCUCUUCCUGGAGGUUAAUGUGAGCAACAUGGAGGCGGAGGACGCUCACCGCGCCGCUCUGAACAUCAGCUUCACCUCGCCCACACUGUCCUAUUCUGGGGUCAGAUCCAAGGGAGACGUCCAGGUGGAGUGUUCUGCUGAAGACCAGGUUCUGCUGUGUGAGCUGGGGAACCCGUUCAGGAGCAACCAUCAGGUUCAGGUGUUGAUCAUAUUCCAGACAUCAGAGAUCAGUCUGAACACCAGAGAGAUCCAGACUGUGCUGCAGCUGUCCACGCUCAGUGAGCAGGAUGAUCUACUUCCUGUCUGCAUCUCCAUGUUGGUGCAGUUCUCUCUGCAGACGUCUCUCUCUCUAGUCACCCCUCCAGGCCACGCCUCCUUCAGCGGUCAUGUGAUCGGGGAGUCGGCCAUGAGGAGGACGCAGGAUGUCGGCAGUUUGCUGCUCUUCAGCCUCCAGGUGCAUGUUAUCGGGAAGCCACUCGGUCGCCUAGGCAACCUGCAGGUGGAGUUUGAUUGGCCGAGGGAGGUGUCCAAUGGGAAGUGGCUGCUGUACCUCGAAGAGAUCCGAUUGGACGGCACGUCUGAGGCACGCUGUGAUCCGCCCGGAAACAUUGUCAACCCCCUAAACCUCGAGCUGGAGGAGGAGAGGAAGAGGAGGAGUCUGCAGGAUCAGAGAGGGAGGAGCCUCCAGGGAAACAGAAAGUCCUACUCUCUGGACUGUGAGCACGGGGCCCGCUGUGUGCCGUUCGUCUGUCCUCUGCUGAACAUGAGUUCCUCUGCCUCGCUGACUGUGAGAGCCAGACUGUGGAGCUCCACCCUGACAGAG